CCAACGCCCACCCUCCAAGUUACUAUCUUCUGUAUUUUCUUGUUUGAGAUUUUGACACAUCUCCCUAGGUUUUAUUUCAAACUUCAACAAUUCUGGUCGAUAAAUUGUUUGGCUCGUCUUUGUAUAGUUGUAUAUCCCACCUUCACUUUUAUAGCAUCUGGGUUGUUGGCCUACCGGCUAGACAUCCCAUUGUUUUGUUGUUUCUAUACCGGCUCAGCGUAGACUUAUAUAUACAAAUAAUAAAAGAAAGAAAGAAUAUAUCUGUUAGAAUAAGGGAAAACAAAGAACCCUCGUUUCGAACUGCAACCCUCCAUAGCCUCCAACUUUUCGGAACUUUUCCCAAAACUAGAGAAAUGGACGAGGGUAAAGUAGAGAUGGUGCUAGGCAGAAUAAUGGAAUUGAGGUUCAAGAUAACUAAUUGCAUCAGUUAUGGUAGAAAGGAAGGAAGAUAUUUGGGGAAAGGAAGCACCGGAAUGGAUUUAGAGGAGGUAGAGGCCGAAGAAGAAGAUGACAAAGAAGAAGAAGAUGAAGAAACAUAUUGCCUUUUGAGUAUCCGAGAGGCUAUUGAAAAUCUUGAAGUCCAAGUUUCCUCAUUGCAGGCACUACACCAGCAACAUGUGUAUGAAAAGGCAGAAGCCUUGGCUGGAAUUGCCCAUUCCCAGGACAAGUUGCUCAAGAAGCUGAAAGAGUACAAGGGGGACAAUAUGGGCAUUAUAGAAGAGGCCAUUGCUUUUGUAGGUGACACGGCAGAAGAAAGCAGCAACGAUCUCCUACUCCCCCCAUACCCAACCCGACCUUAUUCUUCUUCCCCAGUCACAGUUUCUCAAAACGGGGUGAUAAGUGGAGCCCGAACCGAGCAAUCGGCAAAGCAUGCCUGCGGGUCCAGCCAACAAGAAGCGAAAGGUGCAUCAGGAAGGGUGACAUGUUUUCUAGGUGCAGCUGCCAGGGUGGCAUUGACUGUUGCUGGGGUUAUAUCUGCUUUAACAUUGGCUGGGUUUGAGAUCCGUCUUAUGAAAAGACGUAACUGCCCUAACAUCACAAAUCUGCAGCUUCAGCUGCUUGGGGUUGGCAAGAAAAGGGACAAAGCCGAAUGCCCUCCUGGAAAGGUGCUAGUUUUUGAAAACGGUGAAAGCCGAUGCCUUGUGAGGGAGAGAGUAGAAAUGCCAUUUCACUCUGAUGUUGUGACACCCGAUGUAAGUUAUGGUUGUGGGUAAAAAGGAAACACCUUGUGUGACAAUGUAUUCCGAUCUUACCUUGCUAUGUAAAGUGCGGUAUCUGAAUAACCAUUUGGGCCGUCUCAGAUUGUGUGGGUAAAUUUUGAGCAUUUAUCAGAUUUAUGUACUUUAAAGAUUGAUGCUGUUCAAUGUAAUGAGGUUAAGGUGCAUUGUAAAAAUAGAUAAAUCUAUCUCCCAACUCUAGACUUCUAAAUUUUGGUGAAAUGAUAUGAAAUCUAGAUGUUGUGGUGACUGGAUGACAUAAAAAGAUUAGAGGC